AAUUGCUUCAAGAGGAUAAGCUUGAGAAAUGAACAAGAUACGUGAAAAUUAGCAGAUUCACUGAUCGAUAAUACAUCUCCAUUGAAGCAUCAGGACCUUGUAUAGAUGAUGAAGACUCGCCAAGGGUUUAGGAGCAACCGAUUCUCCAAAACCAGCAGAUGCAUAACAAAAUCGACAUCCGGUUCACUUUAAUUUGCACCGGGAGGCUGGUUAACAAACUUCAAUUGUUGUCAAACCCAAGAAUUGGGAAUUAGGUUACCGAUCAUCGGGGUAGCAACGAUGAGCGCCGCCAAUUGAUUGAUUUUUUUUUUUGUGGUCUUCUACAGAUUCCGUUCCUCCAUCGUUGUUCUUCCUCGCUCGCUCUCUCGGAAUCGCAGAUCUCUUCAGAACUUUCUAGGUUUACCGUCCUGAAAAAUCGCUUUAUCUCGUCGUGAUCAGUAACGAUUAUCACAGCAAUCGUGCGUAGCAGCUUGAGAUAUACUUAUAUUAGAGGUUGACAUGAGGUGAAACGCCUGCUGGAGGGAACUGGAAGGCCGUGCCAUUUCCACCACAUGUGGUCACUUAUUAUAUGCUAGCAAGAUUCUCAGUAAUGAUGGGGCCUGUCCCAUUUGUGAUCAAGUACUCUCCAAGAGUUUAUCUUCGUUUUCUAUCUUAGUUUAAUGAAACCUGUGGAUACCAAUCCAAAUGAAGAAUGGGUAAAUAUGGCGAUGGCUGGAAUUUCUCCACAAAUAAUGAUGAAGAGUGCAUACCGAAGUGUAAUGUUUUACAUCUCGCAAAGAGACUUAGAGAUGCAGUACAAGAUGAAUAGAGCUGUUGCGCAGUGUCGUCAGAAAUGUGAGGGCAUGCAAGCAAAGUAUAGCGAGAAAAUGGAGCAGGUACAUACAGCAUAUCAGAAGAUGGGAAAGAGGUGUCAGAUGAUGGAGAAAGCGGUAGAAAACUUGACCAAGGAUAAACAAGAGCUCCAAGAGAAGUUCUCCGAGAAAUCAAGACAGAAGAGUAAACUUGAUGAGAUGUAUGACCAGCUAAGAAGUGAAUAUGAGUCAGUCAAACGCACAGCCAUCCAACCAGCAAAUAACUUCUAUCCACGACAACAGGAGCCUGAAUUUUUCUCAAACCCACCAUUUAACAUGAUAGAGAACAGAGAACCCACUCGCAAAGACCGGUGGUUUUACUCUCCUGGAAUACCAGGAUCCAAAGAUGAGAUAUGGCCAGCAAGACAGAACAAUUCAAACCAGGGUCCAUUUGACAUCUCCAACGACUUAACCGCAAUUCCAACUGACCUUGGAAACAGAAGAGCAGGAGGAGGACAUCAAACAUUUGGUGGCGGUGGCAACUCUAAUCCGCAAUCAAUUCUACGAAACCUUAUUCUCUCCCCUAUUAAACGCUCUCAGCUGUCUCGUUCCCGCCCUCAACUGUUCACCUUGUAGCUGAAGGAUCAAAUUCAAGUGUUUUGAACCUGAGUGGAUAUAAGCACUAAUGGUCACAAACCAGUAAGUGACUCUUUGUUUUUUAUAAGCUUACUGUCUUAGCAAGUAAAAUCUUAGGAUUUGAGAAAUUGAAGAACUCUCGUCUCUAUAAAUAGUAAUGAUAAAUCAUAUAUUUUAGUAGAAUCAAUAUAGUGAAACUACUUACAAGGAUGUAAGAUGACGAGCAAAUAUAAAAAAGACAUUUUUGUAAAAAUAAAGGGAAAAAAAGAGACAGUUAUAGGUAA